AAAGUAGAAGUGCUGUACUUCGUAUCUGUUUCCUCAUCCAGUCGGUGUUCUCCAAAAGAGGUUCACCGUACCGCUGCCUGGCUGUUUCUGGCUCAUUGCUCUUGUCGCAAAGUCCACAGCACUGCCMCUUUGUGACAACUCCCGGUACAAUCAUGAUAGCUUUAUCAACCGGAACAAUAACGAGAGCACUGGCGAUGCUCCACGCAUUCCUUCUAUUGGCAACCUUACACGGUGUCGCGGAUGCCUUUUGCACCGGCCUCCAGGGCAGCUGCCACCAACCACCGCAAUCCGCGGCUUCCGCCUCCGUAACCCCUGGACAAAACCAACUCUCCUCGCCUCCUUGUGCAUUCCAAUCAUCACGGGUCGUCGUCAGUACAAGUGUCAAUCACGGUAACCACUGCCGACGCCACUCCACAACACGSAGCAGAAUAUUCUUGGUGUCGGAGGAGGACGUCCUUGAGGCCGUCGAGCGCGCYGAAGGUCUUUGGGAAAAAGCGCUCGCUGCCCGUACCGAGGCAAACGCCCUGAUCGAUCGGGCCGAAGUGGAAGCAAACGCCUCCGCGGAAACGGUUAAAAAGUCCGAAAACACGUUUAUGGACAAGACGAAACCAGUUUCUAUGGAGCAGCUGGUAGAGGUCGACAAAGCCGCCAAGGCAAGCCUCGAAGCUACUACCCUGGUGAACGAGGCAAUGAAGGCAAGUGAAGAGGCGGAUCGYCUGGAAGCAGAGGCGGAAGAGGCUCUCAAAAAGAGCGAGGAAGUUCUCGAUCAGCAUCUGAUUGAUUACCCAGACUCGGCACUCGCUGACUAACUAAUUCAGAGAAAAGAAAUAAGAAGGGAUGGCCUGAUCAAUUUUCACUGCCAGUACUAAGUCAAAAAUUUCGACACUUCAACACUAACUGGUGCCGUCGAUGACAUCAGGGAUGCGAAAAAUCAAUCAUCGACACGAAUCGAAGCGAUAGAAAACAAUAGAYUUUGAUUCGUCCC